AUGUACAAUAAUGAAUAGCAGCUGAUAACUUGGAAUGAUCUAGCUAAGGAAUAAAAAACUACUACGAAAUUAUAUUUAGCCUAGGUUAUCCAAAAUAUGAAUUAAAAUGCUAUUGAUAAAAGAAUAUUGAAAAAUCUUGAUCAAAAUGAUUCUAAUAAGUCAAAUAGAUAGAUUAUUAAUAAAAUAAGAGAAAAAACAAUUCUUAAACUUGAAGAAAAAUAUAAUGAGCAAAAUAUAGAUAAUGUUGGAAAAAGGAAAGAUCAUGAGAGAUAUCACACCGAUUUUAAAGAAGAGGUUAUAUUUCAAAAUUAAACAUAGGAAAAUUUUACAAGCAAUAAUUAGAAUGAUGCAACAAUUAUAAAUUUGCAAGAGGAUGAUGUUGAAGAUAGCAAUAUCUUUGAUGAAUUUAUUGAAAAAGAUUUUAAUGUUUGA